GCGGCCUCGCGGUCAGCCGGCCGUUCCCUCUUUCGUUGUGUCGGCGCGCGUCGCGUAUGGAGGUCAGAGGCAGUGAAGGCCUAGGGGCGCUGCCCCUGGAGAGCCGGGUCUUAAGUGGCUUGAGUUGAAUUGAAAGUGCUGUACCUCUCCUUCAGCUUCAGUGUCCCUGCUCAGGCCUAGAAGGCAUCAUGGCAUCUCGCCUGAUGCAACGCUGCAUCUGCCUCUUGGCUACCCAUCAGGCCUCACCCUUAACUGUAAUUGGCAGCCUAAGGCUGGCCAGGGCCCCCUUCAACAUGAUGACCACCACACAUGAAUCCACUGUCUCCACUUUGGAUAGCCUCAUAAAUAAGGAGCCAGUAUUCACUCCCUACCCAUGGCCUCAGGAAGUCGACCAGAAGAUUGAAAAGGCUACCACCCCUGAGGAAGUACUGGAAUUGCUUGAUGGUAGGCACAAGCUACACCAUAACCACGCUGCCCUUAUGAUAAUUAAGCUUUCUCGCCUCUUGGCUGAUAAGCACCAGGACAGAGACUCACUCACUAAGGAUGCCCGGGUUCAGAAGCUUUUCCGCACUGUGGACAAUCAGGUAUCCUCAGUCUGGCAUGGAACCCUUAUGAACUUGCUCCGGAGCCUCUACACAUUACAACUUCCAGAGAAUUUCAAGCCCCUGAGAUCUGUGGAGCAAGAGGUUCGCUGGAGGCUUCGCCGAGUUAAAUAUAAGAACCUGGUUUUUCUGGCAGAGACGAGCAUCCCCUACAUGCAGGAGCAAGCCUCGAAGGAGCUCCUGACGGAACUCUUGAUGUACUUGGAGCGGCGCUGGGCGGAGAUCGACGACUGCCGCACCGUGGUGGUCCUCAUGACCAAAGCUGGGCACCUCUCAGAGGCACUAAUGGACCGUCUAGAGGACAAGUUCCUGGAGCUGGCAGAGCAGUUUGGCCCUGAAGACUUGCGGAAAGUGAUGCUGACCCUGGCUUCUCAGAACCGGCGGUCAGUGCCCCUACUUCGGGCCAUCUCCUACCACCUGGCUCAGAAACCUUUUAACCUGACAAGAGGAAUGCUUAUUGACUUUGCAUAUGCUUAUGGAAAACUAAACUUCCACCAAACCCAGAUAUUCCAGAAGCUGGCAGCUGAAAUGCUGCCCCAGGUGUCCAGCAUGACGCCCAGUGAAAUAACUCAAUGCUCCAAGUCCUUUGCCUUCCUCAAGUGGCUCAACUUGCCUCUCUUUGAAGCCUUUGCCCAGCACGUGCUGAACAAAGCGGACAGCUUCACCCCGCUCCAGCUGAGCAACGUGAUCCUGGCAUUUGCUCGCUUGAAUUUCCAUCCUGAGCAAGAAGAGCAAUUCUUCAAUUUGGUACACAAGAAACUGGAGCCAGAAUUGGCCAAGUGGAACCCCACCCUGCAUGUUGAUGUGGUAUGGUCCCUGUGUAUACUCCAGCAAGUACAGAAGGCUCAGCUUCAAGAGGUUCUCCAUCAGGACUUUCACAGCCAGUUUCUAGACGGCAAGUUCCCUCAGAACCAAAACACCUGCCAGAAGCUGAUCCACAUCAAUGCUACUGCUCGACUGGAACAUCCUGAGUACACUGGACCGUUCCUGCCAGCAGCCGCCCUCCACCCCAAACCCCCCACAUCCAGGAAGAUGACACCCAUGCAGAAAGAUCUGCAGGACAUAUUGAAAGGGUGGCUGGGGAGCGAUGACAAGGCCCGUUUUGGAGAGACCACUCAGUAUGGCUGGGAGCUGGAUGCUGAAUUGGUACUUGACACGGACAAUCAGCCUCUACCCGUAAAGAACUUUUUGGCACCUCACCUGGCUCAGCCAACUGGGACUCAGCCUUUGCCCCCUGGUGCCAAGAGGUUAGUUUUUCUGCGUUGGGAGUUCCCAAAUUUCAACAGCCGCAGCAAGGAUCUGCUGGGUCGUUUUGUUAUGGCCAGGCGCCACCUUCGGGCUGCAGGCUUCCUGGUGGUGGAUGUUCCAUACUUCGAGUGGCUGGAGCUGAAGUCUGAUUGGCAGAAGGGUGCCUACCUCAAGGACAAGAUGGGGAAGGCUGUGGCAGAGGACCUGGCCAAGUGACCUUCCCUCUUCUAGCCUUAUAUUAGCUCCAGCCCUGCGAUGGAACAGUUUGUGUGGAAGGGAAGACUUGUGGAUCCAUUUCUCCCAGGCAGCCCAGGCUUACUCCCAGAGACCUCUGCCUGACAAGCUCAUGCCUGGGCACUAGAUGCUGGUUGUGUUGGGAGUCUUUCUCCUCGAUGACCUGACUCCUGCUGCUACUGAAUUGGGGAUAUUGGAUAACCCAGUCCUGUGGGGGGGCAGGGAGGACUAAUUUUCAUUCCCCCAAUAAAGGUUUCCCUCUGAGCUGUCAA